CGUCUUCCAAAUGUUCGCACGGGAUUCUUUAUUCACAGAACUCUAUUAAACGUACGACUCUUGUUACUGACUGGACAUCUGACAGAUUCUGGCUUCCCAAGACAAUCGCGGCCAUCCUUUGAAGCUCAUGAAUGUCCAGACGGCAAGUCGGCGCACUGACCCCGGACGCGCUCCACACAAGAUCGUCCCAUUGAAGGGGACCGACGGCUACUGCCACCGCCUGUCGAAUAAGUCGACCAGGCUGUGACCACAUUCCAACGGCCAUAACCGACACCGCGGCGUUGAACCACACUGCAGACUAGAGAGUUUCAGCCUCCUCUAUCAUGCCCUGGCGGCCACUGCCUCUCUCCUAUGCGGUAGCCAUCUAUCCUUUUCAGCCAUUAGCUGCCUCUCCAGCCGAGCUACCUCUUCAAAUCGGGGACCAACUGUAUGUCAUCGAGCAAGGAGGCAAGAAUGGCGCCUGGUGCCGGGGCUAUCUCGUGGCGCCGCCGUCGUUGUUGUCUGCCUUGAGCCCGGGCGCGAGAACCCCUGCCGAUGCCCGGGUGUUCUCUGGCAUCUUUCCCAAGUGUUGUAUUGAGAUUCGAGAGCAACUCGGUCCAGAUGUAGCCCCCGUGCUUCAACCGGGGCAGGCUAAGCCUCCUGCCCCUGUGCCGAUGUUGAAGAUUGGGGAUGACUCGCCAACUUCCUCAGCCGAACCUCUGGUGGACGAAAUUGCUUCUUGUCUUCGAGAGUGGUACAUCCUCCACUUACCGGAAGUGGUACUACGCCGCGAUUAUCGUCUACUUGACCAAAUGUCCGAAAUCACCAACCGUCUGGACUAUGCUCGGCGCGAAUUGCUCAACGAUGUCCUCACCAGACAGGAGCGAGUGCGGGUCCGCGAGAAUGCUGUUUGGGAUUUGGUUCGGGGGAAUAAGAUGUUGAGCGGAGAAGUCAUUGUCCGAAACCCCGCCAAGCAGGGUAGAAUGUUGACUUCACAAGACUCGGCCAUUGAAGUCUCCAAGCUACAGUCGAUCAUGAGCGUCCUCGAUUCCCAACCCACCGAGAAAUCCAAAGCCACCUCUCUCCACCAUUGUCUGGUAGAGGUCAAAUCGGUGCUAGGCUCAGAAUUGGACGAGACGACGCUCAGUAUGACCCUUUAUGAGAGAACCGCCGAGGGCGCCUUGGUGCCGUUUUCAGAAACUUACAGCUCGGUGGCCCCCGGCAAGCUGAAGACUCUUCUGUCUGACCUCAGCACCAGAGAUGUGGCGGACAAUGGUCGCUUAUUCCUAGUCAUCAAGGUUAUCGUCCCCGAGGCUCCUCGCAAACCGAAAAGACGGGUUUCAGAACGGCCACCGUCAAGGAACGGGACACUGCUUGGACAGAGACAGCUGUCACUUAAUCGGAGACGGUCAAGUCUGAUGUUUGGCAGGAAAAAGAAUGCUGAAAAGACACAGUCUAGUCAAAAUGGCCGGUUGACGCCAGCCGUGCACGAAAGGGCUUCCACCCCAUCCAUCAUCGAAGAGGAGGAAGAAGGGGCCCCCUCAGUCGCUGGGCCUCCCGUACCUCGCACGAUAGCCGUUGGAGUCCUGGAUGUCGACAAGAUUGUUAGGGAGGGGGAACCGCGAGAGGAGAGCGUUACCAUAUGGUCUGUUCCAGAGCGGGAAGAUGAGAGACCACGACAGUCAGAUCCCAGGCUCAUCCAGCUAUUGGAUAAUGCAAAUAAAGCCCUUGUGGUGUCCAGCCGAGUGUCUACUGUCACGCUCGCUUUGACGCCUUUCAGUGCACCAGAUGCAGAUACGUUGAUCAAGAACAAUCCUACUUCCAUGCACAUGGUCGCCAAAACCCAGAAGAUGGGAUUCUCAGAAGCUCCUUCCAAGCCCCGAUCGGACAUCUAUCUGAGAAUAAACAAAGCGGCAAUAUCUCAAGGAGCUCUUUUGUCGCACCCCGAAGACUGCGCCGUGCCCCUUCGAGCGCGUUCGUUGCAGAACCUGCAAUUGACCAUGGAGGUUCGAGAUGCUGCUGGACGGAGGGUAGAGCAUUGCAUAUAUCCAUCAUCCAAUGGAGCUGGAGUAACCGCCUUCCGGACAAACGCUGUCGAGCUCGGCACCGCUUGGGACCAAACAUUGUGCCUCCGGCUACCUGCUGACAAGGUCGCAGAGAGUCAUGUCGUCUUGAGCAUCGCGGAUGCUGCCGAGUUCCCUUUCGCAUUGGCCUGGAUGCCACUAUGGGAUAAGCAAGCCUUCAUCGCUGACGGCAAGCACUCCCUCAUUCUUCAUGCUUACGAUAAAGUCACUUCUAGUGUUGCCCAGGGACGAGGGGCAUAUUUGUCUUUACCUUGGAAUAACUCGAACUACAGAGUGGCAUAUGAAGGCACGAUGGCCGAGAUCGCCUCGGUGGAGGUCGAGACGUUGCUCUGCAGUACAGAAUUCUCCCAGGAUCGAAGGCUAGUCAGUCUGAUCAACUGGAAGCAUCAGAAUUCGGUGCAGCUGUUGGACAUGCUGCAGAAGUUGACGUUUGUUCCAGAGAUCGAGGUUGUCAAGCAACUCAAUGACGUGCUCGAUGCGCUGUUUGGGAUCCUUGUGCACAAAUCAGGGGAAUCCAAGUUCGAGGAUCUGAUCUUCAACGACAUCGUUUGGGUUCUGGGGAUUGUCCACGACCGGCGAUAUAAUCUAGGCCCGUUGGUGGAACAGUAUACCGAGAACCACUUCCGAUCACCCUAUGCAGCAUCUUGUUUGAUCCGGAGCUUUACGCGUCUCUUGCAGAGCGUCUCAGACCCACAAAGUGCUCGUGAUAUGAGAGCCUUGUUCAAGGUCGGGCGGGCUUUCAUGAAAAUCGUCAUUGCAUCCUACCAGCAACGACGGUUCGGGGCGGCACAUUCGACAGGCACUGGCAGCGAGGAAAAGCAUUCCACAUUCAAGGAAGACCUACAGGCCAUCUUCUUCGGUCUGCAGAUGAUGAUGCGCAGCGAAACGGCCACCCUGGUGGGUAGCAAGACGCUGCUGGUGCAGAAUUUCCACACCUGGCUGCCCGAGUUGUUGCCCGCGUUCAGCAAAGAAGAAGUCAUCCAGAUUGCCAUUGAGCUCGUGGACUCGUGCGCAGAAGCGACUGGGAAGUUGGUCCUGUACCGGAUUCUGCUGAUAUUGAAUUACACCAAGUUAGAUGCCAUCUGGGUCGAAGACAAGGACCGCAAGAUUCUAGUUAAGAAUUGUGUCAGAUGGCUCUCACCAUACUGGGAGCAGAAUGAUCUGACUCAACAUUGGCAGGAGCAGAUCCGACUUUGCUGCUCCGUGGUGGCCGAGCUGACCCGCCUCCCGGGGGUUUAUUUGUAUGACUUCAUGCCAAAACUGAUCUUUGCCUACAGCGCCAUCGCCAAAGAGCCGGUCAACAGGCAUCGCUCGCUGUCGCUGCUCUUCCCGGACACCUACCCCUUUGUCACCAAGUCGGCCCCCGACUGCAACGAUCAGUUCGAGGAACCGCUGAUCGAGCUGGCUGGCCUUAUGUCGACCAUCAUUAACAUGAAGUCUCCCUUGGGAACAAGCUUGAAGUUGGAGGGACAGGAUUUGUCAGAGUAUGUUCACGCGGCACUCAUCGUCUUACGCUCGCUGCUACAGAACCACGCGUAUCCCUCGACUUGGCUUAGUCUGCACAUCUACCAUCACUCCUCGGCCAUGGCCGUUCUGGAGCACCUUUUCUCGAUUCUCACGUCGUCAUGCCUUCCAGACCCCGAGGAUGCAGAUGAUUUUGACAUGCAGCUCUGGCGAUCAUUUUUGGACACCAUCCUCCUCCUCGUCUCAUCGCCGGCUCUGACCCUCGAGCUGUUCCCGGAGCAGAAGCGCCGCGCGGUCUGGAAGAUCGCCGGUGACGUGCGUCAAGCGGGCGCCGACCUCCUCCGCAAGGCGUGGGAGAGUCUCGGCUGGGAAGCCACUGCGGACGACCAACGACGGUACAGCAUCCACAAGCUCGGCGGGUACCAGGUCCAAUAUGUGCCGAGUCUGGUCGGCCCUGUGGUCCAUCUCUGUCUGAGCAUGCAUGAAGGAUUGCGCAAGGUCGCCGUCGAGAUCUUGCAAACCAUGAUCGUGUCUGAAUGGGCGCUGAGCGAAGACUUGGAGCCGAUCGAGACUGAAAUCAUCGGCGCCCUCAACACCGUGCUCAAGGCCCGUACCGUCUCCGCCAAUGAAGCAAUCAGCCGCAAGCUGUUUAUUUCAGAGCUGUUGGAUCUCUUCGCCACGAUCGCCAGUCAGCCUGACGACGCCUUGUGGACCGCCCUGGAGGAUCUGGUCUCGACCGUCGAAGAACUCGUCGAUUUGCUCACUUCGUCCGGCGACGAUCCAGAAGACGAUGAUGACGUGCCAUUGCAACACCAACAAGAACAAUUACCACCACUGCCCUCAAGCAGCCCUACGUCCAACGGGCAACAUGCUGCCAAAAAUGGUCACUAUCGGCAGCAGAGCAAGAAGGACACGGACGCCCACUCACAGACCUCCGAGGCCAAGGAGCUCGCCCGGGCCCGCCGGUCCAUCGACGGCCUCAGCCCCUCCCAAGCCCAGCACGGUCGUGGAGGCCGAGAGUACGGCGUGCACGCCCUCGAGUGCUAUAAACAACUCGCCGAGGAGUACGAGCGCACCGGGGACUAUAAGCGGCUGGCCAAGACGUAUCGCGCCAUUGCGAGGAUCCAUGAGGCCAGAGCCGCUGCCCGAGAACUGGAUGGUGGACAAAGAGGCGGGCAAGACGAUGACAUUGACGGAGACGAAUAAUUCCAAAAGAAAUAUGUUGCAGCGGAAAGAAAAUAUGUUGAACCUACCAGCGCGGUGUAGAAAGAGGUUUGUUUGAUAAGCAGAGCCAGACCAGUGGGAGCUUUUGGAUCGGGAAUUAAUCGAGUAGCUUGGAUGAGACAGAACAUUACAGUUAUCAGGAGAGGUCUUAGAGCAAGCGGAAUCCCCGGGCAUGAGAGCCACGGUGGUCUUCUGUCUUGUACUCUGAAAACAACGGACGCGAUUUGUUCCUUUGACUUGCAGGAUAUUCGACUUUAUAGUCGGCCUAACUAGACUCCCAAAGCGAAAAAGUGGCAACCAAGAGAUAAAUAUCCAUCAUAGACAUGCGCUGCAGUCAUACCGCGAGUCUUGAGAAUGAUCUACCUGUAGUCGCUCGACUGUGCGUCGAUGCGCAGCUUGGAUUGUCCGUGGGAGGCUCUUGCGGAGAGGGAACACAACGGCACCUAAGGCGGUGACACGCGGGCAGCUCACUGCCACGAGGCCGUCAGGGAGAGGCGGGCAGCGCAUUGAGCACAGUCAAUGCUGCGAGCUCCUCUUUGCCAAACAAACUGCCUGAACAGGAGACAUAAACAUGAGCCAAAUACAAACAGUCUUGUCCUCAAAACAAACAGCGCACAAGCACACCACAAUUUCUCCAGCAGAGAUGUUUGGCAUCUCCAUAAUCAGGCGAUGGGUGUCUAUCCAGAGCUGGAUUGGGCAAUUUCGAUGUUGCCACCGUUCUGAUCAGCUGUGGUGAAAGCAAUAGAUUCAAUUAGAUUGAUCACUCUCC